CUAUUUCCCCGCUGACAGAAACAAGUGUGAGCACUUAAACCUCUCUCUCUGUGACAGCUCCACACACUCUGCUAUGCUGCUGUAGGAUGUAGCUAACACUCACUCGCAGAAAGCCGUGUUUUCACUCUGAUACAGGCGCGUUAAUGUAGUCCCAAACAGGAUCAUUAAAAAAGCGUUUUUAUUAAAUCACCAUGCAGCCAUAAAGCCACUGUUCCGCGAGCUGGACGUUUAUUUCAAGUGCUUCAAUUCCUAUCAAGAUGGAAAGCAACACUCCUUAGGAUACAGGACGACAUGGGAAAAUGGGAGUUAACAAUGAACCCAGUGCAGGAGUGGGGCGAGGAGUUUGAGGAUGGCGCAGUUUAUGGGAUUACUCUUCGUCGAGAACCCGUCCCUUCCUCCCCCAACUCUCCAGAGGAGAGUCCAUGCUGUGCUUUUGUGCAGUACCGGACCUUCAAGGUGCGGCGUCUGAAGGCUGCCACCCUGGACCUCCUUGUGAAUCAGCUCCUCGACCCUGGGUGCCAGGAGCAGGACUACAGCCGGAUCUUCCUCUCCACAUACAGAACCUUCAUCAGUACCUCAACGCUCAUAGAGCUGCUCUUCCACAGAGACAAUGCUGCCUCAGAUCUGGACAACAGGGAAAGCUACAACAGCCCUCUGUUGGCCUUCGUCCAGACAUGGUUGGAUGAGUACAGUGAGGACUUCAGGGAUCUUCCCCUGCACCCGGCACUCAGGUUGCUGUUGGAUCACCUGAGGAUCAGCUCUGCAGUUCACCACAACAUGCGAAGCCAACCUAACUUUAGCUCUUUGGCUGGGCAAACUGAAGCACUGCUGAAGACGUUUCAGAACGAAGAAGCUGAUGGAAAGGUUAGUUCUGCCGAUGAGGCUUCUGGUGAUGAAGAUUCAGGAUGUGAGAACUCUCUGGAUCAAGGGGGAGUCAUGGAGUUCUCCGCUACAGCCAUUGCAGAUCAACUCACCCGAAUGGACUCGGCUCUGUUUGUGAAAGUGGUGCCAUACCAGUGUCUGGGCUGCGUGUGGUCCCAACGAGACAAGAAGGAGAACAUGUCUCCCACCAUCCGAGCCACCAUCGCCCAGUUCAACGCCAUUACCAACCAGGUCAUCAUGUCCCUGCUCUGCCAGCCUUCAGACGGCAACUUCAGUCCGACUUCCUCCAGCGGGCCUCAAACCACACCAGCUCAAAGGGCCCGCAUCAUAGAGAAGUGGAUCAGAGUAGCACAGGAUUGCCGUCGGUUGAAGAACUUCUCCUCUCUCAAGGCCAUCCUGUCGGCCCUUCAGUGUAAUGCAGUUUACAGGCUGAGAAAGACCUGGGCUGCUGUUAACAGGGAUAGCAUGGCGACGUUUGAUAACCUCUGGGAAACCUUCCCUGAUGAGAACUGUGUUCUGACCAACAGAGAGCUGCUGCUGGAGGACGAAGCGGCUGUAAAUAACAUUUCCCCAAAGAUAUCGAAGAGGUGUCCGAUCCCCAGACAGAUGAGUACAUCCAGUGGAGCUGUUCCUUACCUGGGAACAUAUCUGACCGUCCUCACUAUGCUGGACACUGCUCUGCCAGACACCAUGGAGAAUGGACUCAUAAACUUUGAGAAGAGGCGAAGGGAGUUUGAUGUUUUGUCUCAGAUCCGGUCGCUGCAGAUGUCCUGCUCCCAGUACAACCUGCCCCAUCACCCCAGAAUCGCUUCCUGGCUGCGGGGACACAAGCUGCUCACUGACCAGGAGAGCUAUGACCUGUCGAGGCAGCUGGAACCUCCGGUGGAUUUGUGUUCUCCGACUUCCUGGAAACACCGCACGCUCACAAAGAAACUCUCCUCUCUCCUCACGGUGAGUGACGGCUCUAAAAAGGUCCCGGCUGAUCAGAUCAGCGUCUCCUCCUCUGGGUCCAGCGGGUCAGAGAUGGAGGAUCUGUCCUGCCCAAACUCCACCUGCUCCAUCGGGCUGCAGUCUUUUCACGGCUCCUGCACCAACGUAUCUGACGACUUCUCCUCCUGCUCCUCCUUAUCCUCCCCCUGCUCCUCUGCUUCCUCCUCUCAAGACUCCCCCAUUCCUUCCUGCUCUUCCUCCCCCUGUGGGACCGGGGCUCGUCCGAAGCCUCCCCCGUCGUCCUCCCAGCACAAGCGCUCGGUGUCGAUGACGUCGCUGCCGCUGUACAACCGCCAGGUGGCCGACUCCUGCAUCGUGAGGGUCAGCGUGGAGCUCGGACACAGCAACGGAAACAUGUACAAAAGCAUCCUGUUGACGAGUCAGGAUAAAACAGCGCAGGUGAUUCAGAGAGCUCUAGAGAAACAUCACCUGGAGCUCAUGGACUGGCAGGACUUCACGCUGACGCAGCUCAUCUCCUCGGAGCGAGAACUGCUCAUACCGGACAAAGCUAACGUCUUCUACGCCAUGUCCACGACGGCCAACUUUGACUUCGUUUUACGCCAAUACCCAAAAGGCCAGAAGAAACCGCUGAGGGCCACGUGCAGCCUGGGACGAAACACAAAGUAGAAUCCUGCACCUGGAACCCAGGACACCAGCACAGGACUCUCGUUGAAAAUUAUAUUAAUUUUUAAUAAUUAUUUUAUAAGAAGAAUCUCUCAGAUGGUCCGUUCUUUUUAUUCUUGGAUACCAAAGACCAUUUUAUGUUUAUACUGCAGAAGCACUUUAUGAAGGAGAACAGAGACGAAUGGAGCUAAAAAAACAUUUGGAUCGGACGUCUUUUAUUUCCUCGUGGAAUAAACUUGGAUCCUGGAAAACAAACCAAAAACAUUCCUUGACUUUUUCUAAUUUAUGUCGGUCACAUGUGAACACACUGAUUUGAUUUUAAAGGAGUCGCAUAAUUAUUUAACCCUCUGAUUGGUUAGCUGGCCGGCAUUGAUAUGAUUGGCCAAUCGCUUAGAGAUGUCCCGCCCCUUAGCCUGCCACCUACAAUGUGUUGGAGCGCUAGCCAAUAGAAGCACGAGUGUUCCAAAGUGAUGUCAUUAAGUUCCGGAAGUAAACAAAGGAGUCCAAUGGAGGCGUUGUGGGGAGUGUGUGUGAGGGAUUUCAGCCUCUGCAGACCAUUUACAUGCACAAAACCCCCCCCCCCCCAAGAAGCAUGAGAGGGCCUCUUUAAUCUCUAGGUCAAACGGUGACACAUGAACAUUUGAGAGAUGCCGGUGCCAUUAAUAACCCGUGUGUUUAAAAAGGGAAUGGCGGUCAGAUUGUGUGAAGGGCUGAUAAUGACCUCAUGAAGCCCCUCAGCAACUCGACGUUUAACACCAUCUGAGGCGGGGACGUUCUCACUGUGUCACCGGCCACUCUCAACAUGUGAGGCUCAUCGGACACGUCAGCCCCGACGGGAAGAGCGGCAUUCCUGCGACGAGAUUUGGACGGGAUUUACACGUGCAAAUAUUUACUGUGUGAGACUACAAUAAGGGUGUGUGCUUUCAGUGUGCUAGUGUAGUAAGAUCCAUAUCUGUAUUUAUUAUCUGGUUCCACUCUGACUGCACCUUCUGAUGUGGGCCGACUCACCAGGGGUAUCUGGGGACGAUUCAGAUGUUUUAAAAUGGGCUUGAAUGAGGUACAGUGGAGGACCCAGAACAGAAUAAAACCAGUAAGAAAUGAGACUUAAAGUAACCCCCAGAAUUCACAGCAUUAUUGUUAUUAUAAUGAAACAAUAAAACCAUAAAUCAUUUGAUAAUAAUAAUAAACUUUAUUAAAACGCGUGUUAGCGCCCACCAAGUGGAAUUUGAAUCGUCCAUCAUUUAGAGUGGGAUGUGUUCUCUGCAGAAGUCAAUCAUAAAGCAUUACAAAUCCCAGUACAGAAUAAAACCAGUAAGAAAUGAGACCUGUUAACCCCCAGAAUUCACAACCCCCUCUUAAAACACUUGAACGGUCCAUUGGCUGAGGUGAACAAUGGACCGUAUAAAAGUGUAUUUUAACACAGAUUUAUUAUGUUGUGUUUAAAGAUGUGAUUCAGACUUCUGAAGCCUGGAUGACAGCGGUGCUGAAACGGCUUGAUUUUAAAGCCUUGCGUGGCGUUUGGAUUUAAUCAUUUCAAUGACGUCAAUUAACCCCGAGACUCGUUGUAGCACGACUGAUGAUCGUCACGCUGCAGAGAGGAAUGAACUGAAACACUUUGAUAAAAUCACAGGUUUGAUUCCUGGAAAGCCGAGCACAGAUCAGAGGCUUUGAGACUGUUUCUCUAAUAACUGCGUUUUAUUCACUCGUAUGAGGUUACUGUCACAGUCGUAAAACUAAGAAAUAAACGGUUUGAAAACAUCUAAUGUUGUAACACUAUUUCCACACUGUGCUAAUAAACACUUCAGGUAUCUUUGGUCCGCCGCCCUCAUGGGUUAAAUGUUUGAUUUGUGGUUUAAAGAAUUAUUUUUAAACUGUUCAUGCCUUUUAAAAAGUACACUUACAGAGUGAAAAAUAAAUAAAAACACACAAAGUUUGAAUAA